AUGGUGCGAAGUGACUCUGUGGCCAUGGGGAAUGGUUCAAUCAAAGCCCCUCGGCUGGAGGAGACAUGCUUGGCCUCAGGUGUUAAAGAGUCACCGGUGUGGGAGUCAUCGGAGCAGCUGAGGCUGAGGAUAGCUUGGCUCGAGGAGGAGCUUACCCGCCGAGACCAUGAGCUCAGAGCCCAGGAGCUUCAGCUGCAGGCUCUACAGAGGGAGCUCGAGGCCAAAGUGUCUCAGAUUGACAAGCUUCAGGAUGCCAUCGGGUACAACAGCCUGGGCCGCUCUCCACCAGCGAGACACAGUCACAGGCUCCUCAGUGUCAUUAAUCAGGGCUCAACACGUUUCCAUAGGGUGGCUGUAGAGGUUCAUCGCCGACUCAAAGCCAAGGAGGGGGUUUCUGCUGAGCCUACAUCUGGAAAAUUCUACAGUGGCCACAAGGUCCAUCAUGUGUCUACAGAGAGAACACGCAUCCGUAAAGACUCAGGCACCAAGAGACUGAUCAAUGAGGCCAUCAUGAACAAUGACUUUCUGAAGAAGUUAGAGCCUCAACACACACGAGAAAUGGUGGACUGCAUGUAUGAGAAAAUCUUUACUGCCAAUCAGCUGGUGAUCCAAGAAGGAGAGCCUGGGAACUACCUCUAUGUGCUUGCAGAGGGCUUUUUGGAGGUGAUGCAAAAUGGGAAGCUCCUUGGGCAGAUGCGGCCUGGAACAGCUUUUGGAGAGUUGGCCAUCCUCUACAAUUGCAAGAGAACUGCCACUGUUAAAGCUGUGACACAGUCCCACAUCUGGGCUCUGGACCGGCAGAUGUUUCAGAGCAUCAUGAUGAGGUCCACUCAGGCCAGACACGCAGAGUACUUCAGCUUCCUGCGCAGUGUGUCUUUAUUGAAGGACUUGCCAGAGGAGAAACUUGCCAAAAUUGUUGACUGUCUAGAAAUUGAUUAUUUUGACAAAGGGGAGUACAUUAUUCGUGAGGGUGAGGAAGGGAACACCUUCUUCAUUAUAGCUAAAGGAGAGGUUUCAGUAACCCAGAGCACAGAGGGCUUUCCUGAACCUCAGGAGAUUAAGACCCUGGGAGUAGGAGACUAUUUUGGAGAAAAAGCUCUCAUAAGUGAGGAUGUUCGUUCAGCUAACAUCAUUGCAAAGGAGAAUGAUACCCAGUGUUUGGUAGUGGACAGAGAUAACUUUAAUCAGAUGGUGGGCACUUAUGAGGAGCUGCAGGCAUAUCUGCAGGAGUACGUGGAGCAGCUGUCUAUAAACGAUGAGAGGAGAAAUGCAGUAAGCCAAUCUCCUCUGCGUAAGCGAGGCACAGAAGCAGCUGAGCUGCACAAUCUGCGGGAGAAAGCCGUACAACUGUCCAAUAGCUCUUUCUUACACGAGCUGCAAAUUGUGGCCACGCUAGGCAUGGGAGGCUUCGGCAGAGUAGAGCUGGUGAAGCUCAAAGAUGAAGAUACUGCUUUUGCUUUAAAGUGCAUUAAGAAGAAGCACAUUGUUGACACUAAGCAGCAGGACCAUAUCUACUCUGAGAAGAAUAUUUUGCAAAUGACCAACUGCGACUUUAUAGUCAGAUUGUUUCGGACAUUUCGGGAUAACAAAUAUGUGUACAUGCUGCUCGAGGUCUGUCUUGGUGGAGAAUUAUGGAGCAUUCUAAGGGACAUGGGUUUCUUUGAGGAGGCCGCUGCACGAUUCUGUAUUGGUUGUGUACUGGAGGCCUUUGAUUACCUACAUGGAAUGGGUAUUGUUUACCGAGACCUAAAGCCAGAGAAUCUACUUCUGGAUACAGAGGGAUAUAUCAAAAUGACUGAUUUUGGUUUUGCUAAGAGAAUCGGUUUAGGAAAGAAAACCUGGACAUUCUGUGGAACUCCAGAGUAUGUGGCCCCUGAGGUCAUCAUGAAUAAAGGCCAUGAUUUUGGAGCUGAUUGCUGGUCUUUGGGGAUCCUCAUUUUUGAACUCCUCACUGGCAGCCCUCCUUUCUUAGGAUCCGAUCCUAUUAAGAUCUACACAAUGGUGUUACAUGGCAUAGAGAAGGUGGACUUUCCCAAGAGGAUCAGCAAGCGCCCAGAGGACUUGAUCAGGAGGCUCUGCAGGCUCAAUCCUGCAGAACGACUUGGCAAUAAGAAAAAUGGCAUCAUUGACAUCAAGAAACACAAGUGGUUUCAGGGCUUCAACUGGGAGGGACUGAGACGACGGAAGCUGACAUCUCCACUUAAGAGAGAGUUAAAGGGGCCUCUGGAUCACAGUCAUUUCGACAUGUUUCCCCCCGAACUGGAGGAAGCUCCUGAUGAACUUUCUGGGUGGGAUAAGGACUUCUGAGUCUGCUGUUUUAUUUGAACAUGACUAAGCCUGUCUUGGUAAAACCAUACAAGAAGAGCCACAUCGAAGAGCUGAAAGAAUAUUCUGUAUGAAUUUAUGAAAACUACAAAAUGAACAAAAUGUGUGUAUACAUACACAUUUUAACAACUAAACACUGUUCAUGAUGACCCUGUAUAGACCCUAAAAACAAAAUAAACUGAUAAAUGCUAUGACAGAUGAGCAGGAGCUGCUUAUGCUGUGGAACACAACCAGGCAACAAGUCCAGACAAUAUCAGGAACAAGUUCAAGACCAGACACAUGAAGACUACUAACAUCCAGAAUACAAAUGAUGGAACCAAACCACUGCUUUAACAGUCCUUAAUGGCAAAGAAAGAAAAAAAACUGUUU